AUGUCCACUUGCAAACUGAAAGCGACCCCUGCCUUGUCAGCCUUCUUGGCGCCAGUGCUGACCUUGGAGUGUAUUGUGGGGCUAGUGGGGAAUGGCUUUGCAUUCUUCAUCUUCUGCGUCCAUAUCCGACCUUGGAAAUCUAAUACCAUUUUUCUCCUGUGCCUAGUCAUUGCUGAUUUCCUCCUGAUCAUCAACUUACCCUUUCGGAUCGAUUAUUAUGUCAAUGGCCAGAAGUGGAAUUUUGGACCUGGUGCCUGCAAAGCUAACCUCUUCAUGAUGUCCACUAACCGUACAGCCAGCAUUAUCUUCCUCACUGCUGUCGCAUUGAAUCGCUAUCUGAAGGUUGUAUGGCCCCACCACACACUGAGCCGGGCAUCUGCAAGAUCCGCAGCCCAGGUUUCCGUGGGGCUGUGGGUGCUCAUCCUGCUCAUGAAUAUGCCCCUACUCCUGCAGGAUCAUCAGCCUGUUUACUCCAAUUUCUCUUGCCUCAGCUUUACAAUAAACAGUACAGGCUCUAUUCCCCAGCGCUGGCACCACAUACUCUAUGUGCUAGAAUUCUUUCUGCCACUGGGAAUUAUCCUCUUCUCCAUCUUCAGCAUCAUCAUCACUAUCAGACGACGGAAACUGGACAAGCAAGCAGGAACACGACGGGCAGUGCUUGUACUGGGAGUAAUUGUCACCGUGUACAUUUCCUGCUUCUUGCCUAGCAUUGUCUUCGCUAUAGCCUCCAUCCUAGCUCAGCGAGUCAGUAAUUGCCAAACCCUCAACCUCUGCACAGAGCUGUUCCAUGGAGCACUGGCCUUCACCUACCUCAACAGCACCCUUGAUCCUAUGCUCUACCUUUUCUCUAGCCCCAGCUUUCUCCACCAGAGCAAGGUGCUGCUCUGUAGGGCAGAGCAGUCAGCUCAAACGUGUGAUGAACAAGAGGGUGAUGAAGGCAGCUCUUUCUACCAAACCAGAUUCAAGUAG